UUAACCUUUUGGUUUUAUUUUAGUAGUGAACUUAUAUGAUAAAGAUGGCAACGAAACUCUUCUGCGACCUACAUACGGUAAAAGCUAUAUUAUUUCGACGUUUUAGCCCGAUUACUCAUUUUUCAAAUAAUAUAAAUAUCAAUUGUAGAAGAGAUGCGCAUUCAACGAUUGACCCAAAAGAUAUAUUCCAAGCUAAUCCAAAAAUAAUAAAAACAUUUUGGGAUCCUGAAGGGAUAUUCAAGGCUCUGCAUACAUUUAACUAUCUCCGAGUGCCUUAUAUACGAGAGAGUCUUAUAGAGAUAGCGCCUGGUGAGAAAUUCUCUACUUGUCUUAAAGGGAAGAAAAUCCUUGACGUUGGUUGUGGGCCGGGACUGCUCUCAGAGGGAUUGGCUAAACUUGGGGCUGAAGUCACUGGUAUAGAUGCAAACAGAGAAUUGAUUGAAAUGGCUAAAAACCAUGGCUAUAAAAACAAACGCUUAGCCAACAAUUUGCCUAACUAUAUUUGGACAACUAUUGAGGACCACAGUAAUACAUACGCUGACAACUACGACGCGAUAGUAGUCUCUGAAGUUAUAGAGCAUGUUGCUGAAAAGGAAUUGUUUGUAGAAUCAUGUGUACGCGCAACUAAACCAGGUGGAAAGCUAUUCUUUACGACGCCUAGUAGAACACGUUUCGCACAGUUCUUUAUAAUAUUUACAUUUGAAAAUAUUCUGCGAAAUUAUCCGAAGGGUGCCCAUCAAUACGAAAAGUUUAUGAGACCGAGCGAGCUUCAAUUUAUGCUAGAAAUGAAUGACUGCUUUGUGGAAUCAAUAAAGGGCUACUUUUAUUACCCGUGGGGCAACAAUUGGGAGUGGACUAAGAAUAAAAUGUUUAGCUUUGCUAUUGAAGCGGUCAAAUCGACUUAAAAUUGCAGUUUAAUUUGUCCUAAUUGGACAUCAUCAGUCUGUGUGAAAAUCCCUUUUUCACGUGGGGUUCAAAAAUUUUCACACUUUUAACGCCCUUUUAAUCAAUUUAAUACAAAUUCGUAAGAUGUCGGAUUGAAUUUCAGAGUUUUCUUUUUGUCUUUUCUUUCCCAUAGAUAAAGAAGGCACUAUUAAAUUUUAUCUAACCUCUGAAUACUUUGGAUAAGUUUGGUUAUUAAUUGACUCAUUCCCGAUAUACUUCGGGUUAAGUUAAUCCAAGACACGCUAUAACCAAAGUUUUAUUUAAAUUCGUUUAGCU